ACAUUUCUGCGAGGCACAUGAAAGCGUCAGAAACGUGUGACGUCAGGGCGUUCCUGCACAGUCAAGAUGUCUGAUAGCAACCCGUUAAAUCUUGUGCGGAUAAACUCGAGCAGGGUUUCGUAUUAUAAUUCAGCCAGACUUUCGAGAUAUUCUCUAGAAGAUGAGCCUUCUAAUUUGGAUGAGAUGCCCCUGAUGAUGUCUGAGGAAGGCUUUGAGAAUGAUGAAAGUGACUACCAGACGCUGCCUCGGGCUCGAGUCCAUCAGAGACGGAGAGGCCUUGGCUGGUUUCUCCUGGGAGGGUGGAAAGUCCUUUGCGGCAGCUGCUGUGAUUGCUUGGCUCAUAUUUGUCGGAGGAAGAAAGAGCUGAAGGCCAGGACGGUUUGGCUUGGCUGUCCAGAGAAAUGUGAAGAGAAGUACCCCAAAAACAGCAUCAAAAACCAGAAGUACAACAUCUUCACCUUUGUGCCUGGCGUUCUCUACCAGCAGUUCAAGUUCUUCCUUAAUCUCUACUUCCUGGUUGUGGCCUGUUCACAAUUUGUGCCAUCAUUGAAAAUCGGCUAUUUGUAUACAUAUUGGGCACCUCUGAGUUUUGUGUUAGCCGUUACCAUGGUGCGAGAGGCUGUGGAUGAAGUUCGGCGAUUCCACCGAGAUAAAGAGAUGAAUUCUCAACUCUACAGCAAGCUCACAGUGCGAGGUAAAAUUCAAGUAAAGAGCUCAGACAUACAAGUUGGAGACCUGAUCAUUGUUGAGAAGAACCAAAGGAUUCCUGCAGACAUGAUAUUUCUGCGAACAUCAGAGAAAAAUGGUUCAUGUUUCAUCAGAACAGAUCAGCUGGAUGGAGAAACUGAUUGGAAACUGAAAGUUGCUGUUAACUGCACACAGCGACUGCCAGCAGUGGGGGACCUCUUCUCUAUCACUGCCUCCGUGUACGCCCAGAAGCCUCAUCUGGACAUCCACAGUUUUGAAGGAAACUUCAUGAGGGGAGACACAGAUCCACAGAUACAUGAGAGUCUGAGCAUCGAAAACACUCUUUGGGCCAGUACUAUCGUUGCAUCUGGCACUGUGAUCGGGGUGGUGAUCUACACAGGCAAAGAGACCAGAAGUGUUCUCAACACAUCGUUUGCCAAAAACAAGGUUGGUUUGCUGGAUCUGGAGCUGAACCGCCUCACAAAGGCCCUUUUCCUGGCGCAAGUUGUUUUAUCAGUGGUCAUGGUAGCACUGCAGGGGUUUGUGGGUCCAUGGUUACGAAACCUUUUCCGAUUCGUGGUGCUUUUAUCUUACAUCAUCCCCAUCAGCUUGCGUGUAAAUCUGGACAUGGGGAAAGCGGCCUAUGGUUGGAUGAUUAUGAAGGAUGAAAAUAUCCCUGGCACUGUUGUUCGAACAAGUACUAUUCCUGAGGAAUUGGGGCGGCUGGUCUAUCUGUUGACAGACAAGACAGGCACUCUGACACAAAACGAAAUGAUCUUCAAGCGACUGCACCUGGGAACGGUUUCCUACGGCACUGACACCAUGGAUGAGAUACAGAGCCACAUUGUCCAGUCAUAUGCACAGGUGACCUCUCAGCCAUCCGCUGCUACCAGCAGUAGCUCUACUCCAUCGCAGAAGUUCCAGACCUCUGGGCCGAAAGUCCGUAAGAGCGUCAGCAGCCGCAUCCACGAAGCAGUAAAAGCCAUUGCCUUGUGCCAUAAUGUCACACCAGUCUAUGAGUGGCACAACAACAUAAAUGGAGAGACGGAGUCUGCAGAAGCUGAUCAGGACUUUAGUGACGACAACCGCACCUACCAGGCGUCCAGCCCUGACGAGGUGGCGCUGGUGCGCUGGACGGAGAGCGUCGGCCUGACCCUGGUACAGGACCUGACCUCCCUGCAGCUGAAGACUCCUUCCGGACAAAUUCUCUCCUACUACAUCCUGCAGAUCUUCCCCUUCACCUCCGAGAGCAAACGCAUGGGCAUCAUCGUCAGGGUGAAUUGACAGGGAGACAUCACCUUCUACAUGAAGGGAGCAUGUUGCUAUGGCGACAUUGUCCAGUAUAACGACUGGUUGGAGAAGCAGUGUGGGAACAUGGCGAGAGAGGGCCUGAGGACACUUGUAGUGGCCAAAAAGUCCCUGUCGGAGGAGCAGUAUCAGGACUUUGAGAGCCGCUACAACCAGGCGAAGCUGAGUAUCCAUGACCGGGUCCUGAAGGUGGCAGCUGUGGUGGAGAGCUUGGAGAGAGAGAUGGAGCUUCUGUGUCUGACCGGUGUAGAAGAUCAACUCCAAGCAGAUGUCAGACCCACGCUGGAGCUGCUCAGGAAUGCCGGCAUCAAGAUCUGGAUGUUGACCGGAGACAAGCUUGAGACGGCAACCUGCAUUGCCAAAAGCUCCCAUUUGGUUUCCAGGAACCAGGACAUUCACGUCUUCAAACCAGUCUCAAAUCGAGGAGAGGCCCAUCUGGAGCUCAACGCCUUCAGAAGGAAGCACGACUGUGCUCUGGUCAUCUCCGGAGACUCCUUAGAGGUAUGUUUGCGGUACUACGAGCAUGAGUUUGUGGAGUUAGCCUGUCAGUGUCCGGCUGUGGUGUGCUGUCGCUGUUCACCGACGCAGAAAGCCCAGAUCGUCAGGCUGCUCCAGCAGCACACGGCAAACAGAACCUGCGCCAUAGGCGAUGGAGGAAAUGAUGUCAGCAUGAUCCAGGCUGCAGACUGUGGCAUCGGAAUAGAGGGAAAGGAAGGGAAACAGGCGUCGCUGGCUGCAGAUUUCUCCAUCACCCAGUUUAAGCACAUCGGUCGCCUGCUGAUGGUUCACGGCAGGAACAGCUACAAGCGCUCUGCAUCACUGGGUCAGUUUGUCAUGCACAGAGGGAUGAUCAUCUCCGCUAUGCAGGCCGUCUUCUCGUCUGUAUUCUACUUUGCCUCCGUGCCCUUGUACCAGGGUUUUCUCAUGGUUGGCUAUGCCACAGUCUACACCAUGUUUCCAGUCUUCUCACUUGUUCUGGACCAGGAUGUGAAGCCAGAAAUGGCUCUCCUUUACCCAGAGCUUUACAAAGACCUAACCAAGGGGCGUUCAUUAUCUUUCAAGACUUUCCUCAUUUGGGUUUUGAUCAGUGUGUAUCAAGGCGGUAUCCUCAUGUAUGGUGCACUGGUGCUGUUUGAGUCGGAGUUCGUGCACGUGGUGGCCAUAUCCUUCACGGCUCUCAUCCUGACCGAGCUGCUGAUGGUGGCACUGACCAUCCGAACCUGGCACUGGCUCAUGGUUGUGGCUGAGUUCUUCAGUCUGGGCUGUUACCUGGCUUCGCUCGCCUUCCUCAAUGAGUACUUUGGUGUGGGCAGAGUGUCCUUUGGAGCUUUUCUUGACUUGUCGUUCAUCACCACGUGGCCGUUCCUGUGGAAGGUGUGCGCCAUCACCUUAGUCAGCUGUCUUCCUCUCUACAUCAUCAAAUACCUGAAGCGCAAGUUUUCUCCGCCCAGUUACUCCAAACUGUCCUCAUGAGCCCAACACACUUCGUGCAUCUCUAAGCUUUCGUGUUUUGCACUUUUGAUGGGUUGCUGACCCGCAGAGGUCAGAAGUCAAGGGACCACUGGAACAAUCCAAUUGACAGAGCGCUGAUUUUUUUUCUUUUUUUUUUUUAUGGGCACAUUUGUGGGACUUUGGAUUACUUGAAAACUGUGGAAGGACACAAACGUGCACUGAGACAGCCUGAAACACUUGACUUCUUGUUUUUGUGAAAGUUCAUCAAUCUGCCUUCUUCGGUUUGGAAUCAUUUCCAACAAAUCAGCUUCACGUGGCGUUUUAUAAACUUAGUGAUAGAUUUUUAUAUGUGGAGUAUUAAAUAUCUAUAUUUUUAAUUAUUGGUGUUAAUUAAAGUUGCUUUUCUGCAUCUUUGGAAGGUGUUGAUUUUGCUGUAAAGGAGAAAAAAGGUGUUUUCCUUUGUAAAUAAAUUGUUUACAUACGUUAUUGAGUUUAACCACCUGCUUUUAAGAUUGUUUACGCAUUAACCAAAAAUAUCAACAUUUAUAGUAACAUAAAGUGGUGGGAGGGGUUUGAAUCAUUCUGUGUCAAUUUAUUCCUCGCAGCCAGCUCGUCACGGUAUCAUUGAUCGCUGUUAUUGUCAGCAGAGUCGCCUUUGAUCCUUUGGAAGUUUUUCAUUUCUGAUCUUUAUCCAAAAGGCGUUUCUGCUUUCAGGAUACGUCGGCUUGAUUUGUGCCUCAUUCGCAUCGUGAAGCUGCCUCUCUCAGUGCUUCUGUUCGUCACAUAGGAAAUAAAAGCAUGAUGUAUU